CAUAAGGAAGUCAUGGAGGAGAAUCGUGGGAUCUUGGACUCUCUCGUUUUAGGUGGUGAUGAAUUGGAAAUGAAGAACAAGGGAGACCACAAUGAAAUCCACACAGUGGAGGAGACAUAUCAGGAUUCAGAGUGUGGAGAGGGCUUCAGUCAGAGCUCCCAGUCCACUUCCCAUCAAAGAAAUCCCCUUGAGAAGAAACACUAUCAGUGCUUGGAAUGUGGAAAAAGCUUCACCUGGAAACAGAGUUUGGCUGCCCAUCAAAGAAUUCAUACAAAAGAGAAACCCUAUCAUUGCUUGGAGUGUGGAAAGAGCUUCAGUCACAGCCACAAUCUCACUUCCCAUUGUAGAAUUCAUACAGGAGAGAAACCAUAUCACUGUGUGGAAUGUGGAAAGAGCUUCAGUCAGGGCUCCCAUCUCACUGCACAUCAAAGGAUUCAUACAGGGGAGAAACCCUAUCACUGCUUAGAGUGUGGAAAGAGCUUCAAUCAGAGGGCUAAGCUCACUUCCCAUCAAAGGAUUCAUACAGGGGAGAAACCCUAUCAGUGCUUGGAAUGCGGGAAGAGCUUCAAUCAGAGGGCUAAGCUCACUUCCCAUCAAAGGAUUCAUACAGGGGAGAAACCCUAUCAGUGCUUGGAAUGUGGAAAGAGCUUCACUCGGAGUGCCCAUUUCACUUCCCAUCAAAGGAUUCAUACAGGGGAGAAACCCUAUCAGUGCUUGGAAUGUGGAAAGAGCUUCAGCCAGAGGGCCCAUCUCACUUCCCAUCAUAGAAUUCAUACAGGGGAGAAACCAUAUCAGUGCGUGGAAUGUGGAAAGAGCUUCAGUCAAAAAAGCAGUUUCACUUCCCAUCAAAGGAUUCAUACAGGGGAGAAACCCUAUCAGUGUGUGGAAUGUGGAAAGAGCUUCACCAGGAAAGAAAGUCUAACUGUCCAUCAGAGAAAUCAUAAAGGGGAGAAACCGUAUCAGUGCUUGGAAUGUGGAAAGAGCUUCAGUCAAAAAAGCAGUUUCACUUCCCAUCAAAGGAUUCAUACAGGGGAAAAACCCUAUCAGUGCGUGGAAUGUGGAAAGAGCUUCAAUCAAAAAAGCAGUUUCACUUCCCAUCAAAGAAUUCAUACAGGGGAGAAACCCUAUCAGUGUGUGGAAUGUGGAAAGAGUUUCCGUAACAGCCGCAAUCUCACUUCACAUCAAAGGAUUCAUACAGGGGAGAAACCAUAUCACUGCUUGGAGUGUGGAAAGAGCUUCAGUCACAGCCACGAUCUCACUUCCCAUCAUAGAAUUCAUACAGGGGAAAAACCCUAUCAGUGCGUUGAAUGUGGAAAGAGCUUCACUCGGAGUACCCAUUUCACUUCCCAUCAAAGAAUUCAUACAGGGGACGAACCCUAUCAGUGUGUGGAAUGUGGAAAGAGCUUCACCAGGAAAGAACAUCUAACUGUUCAUCAAAGAAUUCAUACAGGGGAGAAACCGUAUCAGUGCUUGGAAUGUGGAAAGAGCUUCACCUGGAAAAAAAGUCUAACUGUCCAUCAGAGAAAUCAUACAGGGGAGAAACCGUAUCAGUGCGUGGAAUGUGGAAAGAGCUUCAUUCGGAGUGCCGAUCUCACUUCCCAUCAAAGAAUUCAUACAAAAGAGAAACCCUAUCACUGCUUGGCGUGUGGAAAGAGCUUCAGUCACAGCUAUACUCUCACUUCCCAUUGUAGAAUUCAUACAAGGGAGAAACCCUAUCAGUGCGUGGAAUGUGGAAAGAGCUUCACCUGGAAAAUAAGCUUCACUUCCCAUCAAAGAAUUCAUACAGGGGAAAACCCCUAUCCGUGCAUGGAAUGUGGAAAGAGCUUCACCAGGAAAGAAAGUCUCACUUCCCAUCAAAGAAUUCAUUCAGGAGAAAACCCCUUUCAGUGCCUGGAAUGUGGAAAGAGAUUCAUUAACAGCUCCAAACUCACUUCCCAUCAAAGAAUUCAUACAGGGGAGAAACCCUUUAAGUGCUUGGAAUGUGGAAAGAGCUUCACCUGGAAAAUAAUUUUGGCUGCCCAUCAAAGAAUUCAUACAGGGGAGAAACCCUAUCACUGCUUGGAGUGUGGAAAGAGCUUCAGUCACAGUCACAAUCUCACUUCCCAUCGUAGAAUUCAUACAGGAGAGAAACCAUAUCACUGUGUGGAAUGUGGAAAGAGCUUCAGUCACAGCUCCCAUCUCACUGCACAUCAAAGAAUUCAUACAGGGGAAAAACCCUAUCACUGCUUAGAGUGUGGAAAGAGCUUCAGUCAGAGGGCUAAGCUCACUUCCCAUCAAAGGAUUCAUACAGGGGAGAAACCCUAUCAGUGCUUGGAAUGUGGAAAGAGCUUCAAUCAGAGGGCCAAGCUCACUUCCCAUCAAAGGAUUCAUACAGGGGAGAAACCAUAUCAGUGCUUGGAAUGUGGAAAGAGCUUAACUCGGAGUGCCCAUCUCACUUCUCAUCAAAGGAUCCAUACAGGGGAGAAACCCUAUCAGUGCUUGGAAUGUGGAAAGAGCUUCAGUCAAAAAAGCAGUUUCACUUCCCAUCAAAGAAUUCAUACAGGGGAGAAACCCUAUCAGUGCGUGGAAUGUGGAAAGAGCUUCAGUCAAAAAAGCAGUUUUACUUCCCAUCAAAGAAUUCAUACAGGGGAGAAACCCUAUCAGUGUGUGGAAUGUGGAAAGAGCUUCCGUAACAGCCGCAAUCUCACUUCCCAUCAAAGGAUUCAUACAGGGGAGAAAGCAUAUCACUGCUUAGAGUGUGGAAAGUGCUUCAGUCACAGCCACGAUCUCACUUCCCAUCGUAGAAUUCAUACAGGGGAAAAACCCUAUCAGUGCUUGGAAUGUGGAAAGAGCUUCACUCGGAGUACCCAUUUCACUUCCCAUCAAAGAAUUCAUACAGGGGACGAACCCUGUCAGUGUGUGGAAUGUGGAAAGAGCUUCACCAGGAAAGAAUAUCUAACUGUUCAUCAAAGAAUUCAUACAGGGGAGAAACCGUAUCAGUGCUUGGAAUGUGGAAAGAGCUUCACCUGGAAAGAAAGUCUAACUGUCCAUCAAAGAAUUCAUACAGGGGAGAAACCCUAUCAGUGCUUGGAAUGUGGAAAGAGCUUCAUUAGAAAGCACAGUUUCACUUCCCAUCAAAGAAUUCAUACAAAAGAGAAACCCUAUCACUGCUUGGCGUGUGGAAAGAGCUGCAGUCACAGUUAUACUCUCACUUCCCAUCGUAGAAUUCAUACAAGGGAGAAACCCUAUCAGUGCGUGGAAUGUGGAAAGAGCUUCAAUCGGAGUGUCCAUCUCACUUCCCAUCAAAGGAUUCAUACAGGGGAGAAACCCUAUCAGUGCGUGGAAUGUGGAAAGAGCUUCAGUCAAAAGAGCAGUUUCACUUCCCAUUGUAGAAUUCACACAGGAGAAAAACCCUAUCCGUGUAUUGAAUGUGGAAAGAGCUUCAAUCUGAGGGCCCAUCUCACUUCCCAUCAAAGGAUUCAUACAGGGGAGAAACCCUAUCAGUGCUUGGAAUGUGGAAAGAGCUUCAGUCACAGCUAUAGUCUGACUUCCCAUCGUAGAAUUCAUACAGGGGAGAAACCAUAUCAGUGCAUGGAAUGUGGAAAGAGCUUCACCAGGAAAGAAAGUCUCACUUCCCAUCAAAGAAUUCAUACAGGAGAAAACCCCUUUCAGUGCCUGGAAUGUGGAAAGAGAUUCAUUAACAGCUCCACACUUACUUCCCAUCAAAGAAUUCAUACAGGGGAGAAACCCUUCAAGUGCUUGGAAUGUGGAAAGAGCUUCACCUGGAAAAUAAGUUUCACUUCCCAUCAAAGAAUUCAUACAGGAGAAAACCCCUUUCAAAAUCCCCUUGAGAAGAAACACUAUCAAUGCUUGGAAUGUGGAAAGAGCUUCACUCGGAGUGCCAAUCUCACUGUCCAUCAAAGGAUUCAUACAGGGGAGAAACCCUAUCAGUGCGUGGAAUGUGGAAAAAGCUUCAACCAGAGGGCCAAGCUCAUUUCCCAUCAAAGGAUUCAUACAGGGGAGAAACCCUAUCACUGCUUGGAGUGUGGAAAGAGCUUCACUGAUAGCUCCUCCCGCACCUCCCAUCAAAGAAUUCAUACAGGGGAGAAACCCUAUCAGUGUGUGGAAUGUGGAAAGAGCUUCACUCGGAGUGCCAAUCUCACUUGCCAUGAAAGGAUUCAUACAGGGGAGAAACCCUAUCAGUGUGUGGAAUGUGGAAAAAGCUUCAGGACGAGCUUUGAACUCACUUUGCAUCAAAGGAUUCAUACAGGGGAGAAACCCUUUCAGUGCGUGGAAUGUGGAAAGAGCUUCAUUAGAAAGCAUAGUUUCACUUCACAUCAAAGAAUUCAUACCGGGGAAAAACCCUAUCAGUGCAUGGAAUGUGGAAAGAGCUUCAAUCGGAGUGCCCAUCUCACUUCACAUCAAAGAAUUCAUACAGGGGAGAAACCCUUUCAGUGCUUGGAAUGUGGAAAGAGCUUCAAUGAGAGGUCCAAGCUCACUUCCCAUCAAAGGAUUCAUACAGGGGAGAAACCCUAUCACUGCUUGGAGUGUGGAAAGAGCUUCAGUCACAGGUACAAUCUCACUUCCCAUCGUAGAAUUCAUACAGGGGAGAAACCCUAUCACUGCUUGGAUUGUGGAAAAAGCUUCAGGACAACCUCUGAACUCACUUCCCAUCAAAGGAUUCAUACAGGGGAGAAACCUUGUCAGUGCCUGGAAUGUGGAAAGAGCUUCAAUCAGAGGGCCCAUCUCACUUCCCAUCAAAGGAUUCAUACAGGGGAGAAACCCUUUCAGUGCGUGGAAUGUGGAAAGAGCUUCACCUGGAAAAUAAGCUUCACUUCCCAUCAAAGAAUUCAUACAGGGGAAAACCCCUAUCAGUGUCUGGAAUGUGGAAAGAGCUGGGCUCAGGGGGCGAAGCUCACUUCCCAUCAAAGAAUUCAUACAGGGGAGAAACCCUAUCAGUGCUUGGAGUGUGGAAAGAGCUUCACUGCUAGCUCCUCUCUCACCUCCCAUCAAAGUAUUCAUAAAGGGGAGAAACCCUAUCAGUGCGUGGAAUGUGGAAAAAGCUUCAGGACGAGAUUUGAACUCACUUCCCAUCAAAGGAUUCAUACAGGGGAGAAACCCUAUCAGUGCGCGGAAUGUGGAAAGAGCUUCACCUGGAAAAUAAGCUUCACUUCCCAUCAAAGAAUUCAUACAGGGGAAAACCCCUAUCAGUGUCUGGAAUGUGGAAAGAGCUUCAAUCAGAGGGCCCAUCUCACUUCCCAUCAAAGAAUUCAUACAGGGGAGAAACCCUAUCAGUGUGUGGAGUGUGGAAAGAGCUUCAGGACGAGCUUUGAACUGACUUUGCAUCAAAGGAUUCAUACAGGGGAGAAACCCUAUCACUGCUUGGAGUGUGGUAAGGGCUUCACUGCUAGCUCCUCUCUCACGUCCCAUCAAAGGAUUCAUACAGGGGAGAAACCCUAUCAGUGUGUGGAGUGUGGAAAGAGCUUCACUGCUAGCUCCUCUCUCACUUCCCAUCAAAGAAAUCAUACAGGGGAGAAACCCUUUCAGUGCGUAGAAUGUGGAAAGAGCUUCAAUCAGAGGGCCCAUCUCACUUCCCAUCAAAGGAUUCAUACAGGGGAGAAACCCUUUCAGUGCGUGGAAUGUGGAAAAAGCUUCACUCGGAGUGCCAAUUUCACUUCCCAUCAAAGGAUUCAUACAGGGGAGAAACUCUAUCAGUGCGUGGAAUGUGGAAAGAGCUUCAGGACGAGCUUUGAACUCACUUUGCAUCAAAGGAUUCAUACAGGGGAGAAACCCUAUCACUGCUUGGAGUCUGGAAAGAGCUUCACCCAGAGUGCCAAUCUCACUUCCCAUCAAGGGAUUCAUACAGGGGAGAAACCCUAUCAGUGCGUGGAAUGUGGAAAGCGCUUCACUGAUAGCUCCUCUCUCACUUCCCAUGAAAGAAAUCAUACAGGGGAUAAACCCUGUCAAUGCGUAGAAUGUGGAAAGAGCUUCAAUCAGAGGGCCCAUCUCACUUCCCAUCAAAGGAUUCAUACAGGGGAGAAACCCUAUCAGUGCGUAGAAUGUGGAAAAAGCUUCAGGACGAGCUUUAAACUCACUUUGCAUCAAAGGAUUCAUACAGGGGAGAAACCCUAUCACUGCUUGGACUGUGGAAAGAGCUUCAGUGACAGGCACAAUCUCACUUCCCAUCGUAGAAUUCAUACAGGGGAGAAACCCUAUCAGUGCGUGGAAUGUGGAAAGAGCUUCAGUCACAGGUACAAUCUCACUUCCCAUCAAAGGAUUCAUACAGGGGAGAAACCCUAUCACUGCUUGGAGUGUGGAAAGAGCUUCACCUCUAGCUCCUCUCUCACCUCCCAUCAAAGGAUUCAUACAGGAGAGAAACCCUUUCAGUGCGUAGAAUGUGGAAAGAGCUUCACUCGGAGUGCCUAUCUCACUUCCCAUCAAAGGAUUCAUACAGGGGAGAAACCCUUUCAGUGCGUGGAAUGUGGAAAGAGCUUCAAUCGGAGUGCCUAUCUCACUUCCCAUCAAAGGAUUCAUACAGGGGAGAAACCCUUUCAGUGUGUGGAAUGUGGAAAGAGCUUCACCAGGAAAGAAAGUCUCACAGCCCAUCACAAAAUCCACACGGGAAAAACCCUAACAGUGCGUGGAAUGUGGAAAGAGCUUCAGUCAAAGCAACAAUCUCAUUUCCCAUCAGAGAAUUCACACAGGGUAGAAACUAUUUCAGUGCCAAGAGUGUGAUAGGAGGGAUUUAUGAAAGUUUGGUCUCAUUUUUAAAGUUCUUAACACAAUUGGAGCUCUUAAAAGGACUUAGAGCUCCCUGAAAAAGCUAAAAUUAAGACAGGUUUGCGCUCUUGACUAUGCUACCACUCAGUGGAUUUGUAACUGGCUGACUGACCAAACCCAAAAGGUGCUCAUCAAUGGUUCCUCUUCAUCCUGGAGAAGAGUGACUAGUGGGGUGCCACAGAGUUCUGUCUUGGCCCCAGUCUUUUUCAACAUCUUUAUCAACGACUUGGAUGAUGGACUCAAGGGCAUCCUGAUCAAAUUUGCAGAUGACAGCAAACUGGGAGAGGUGGCUAACACC